AUGCCUGCCGAAGUCUCCGAUAUCAAGCAGUUCAUUGAGAUCUGCCGCCGGAAGGAUGCCUCCUCCGCCCGGAUCAAGAAGAACCGCAAGUCCCAGCAGACCAAGUUCAAGGUUCGCUGCCACACCAACCUCUACACCCUUGUCCUGAAGGACUCCGACAAGGCCGACAAGCUCAAGCAGAGCCUUCCCCCUGCUCUCAAGGUUGUCGAUGUCACCAAGGGCACCAAGAAGUCCAACUAA